GGCUACUUACUGGGUAGGCAAAGGAGGACAAAUGUCGGAGGCCACACAAUCCUCAGUUCCCCACUUCUUUUGCAUGUUUAAGAAGGGAGAUCUCCCACCGCCGCCACCACCACCACCACCUCCACUGGCACCCUUCGCGUUCCCACUCCCUCCCCUCCCCCUCUUUUUCUGAUUUUCCAAACCGCCUUCUCUUCUUCGUCUUCAUCCAUAAAAACCCCUCUCUCUCCUGUCCCCUCACUACAACCAUCUCCUCUCUCUCUCUCUCUCUCUCUCUCUCUCUCUGCUUUUUCUUUUCAUUCUUCCUUCUCUUCUGCUGCUGGGUCCCUCACUCUAUCUGCAACUCACUUGGGUUUGGCCCUUUAUUAAAUCUUCUCCAACCAGCAUUCAAGGAGGAAGACCAACUCCCCUACCCCCAUCAAAACCCUCCCCCACCUUUCCGUUUCUCCCUCUCUCUACCUCUCUGUUUUUCCGGGGGCUUUUCGAAUGGCUGAGGUUUUGGACAACGGCAAGUUCUGGCUUCCGGCCGAGUUUCUCACCGAUGACGACGUCCUCCUCUCGGCCAAGCAGGGCUUGGGCUGCAACGGGUUCCGUCCUGGUUUAGGGCCUAAAUUCGGUUUUCCCGUAGAGUUUCCCUACGAGAUGGGUUCGCUCGGCUCGCCGGUGGAGUCGGUGGUGGGCUCAACGGAGACGGAGAGCGACGAGGACGACGUGCUCGCCGGGCUGACUCGCCAGUUCGCUCGGUCAUCUCUGCUAGAACACGCCGAGAAAAUCCCUUCCGGUGCGCAAAAUUUUGAGAAGUUCUGGGUCUCGUCCGGUUCACCCCAGUCGACGCUGAGCGCGGCAGGGAGCUGGUCCGUGUCUAGCCACGGGAGCCCCAAUGGUCCUUCGCCGCCGACCACGCCUCUGGGGGAAACCGACGCCUGGGAUCUGAUUUACGCCGCCGCCGGACAGGUCGCGAGGUUGAAGAUGAACAGCGAAGGGCCUUCUAGAGGUGGUGGCCUACUUGGUCCCCACCGUAGUCCGGCUCCACUUCAUCACCCCUCCCCGCCGGUGGAAUACCCCGACUUCGGUUUCUACUUCAGCCACUGCAACCCCUCGCAGGACUACUUGCUGAAGCAGCAGUCCGCUUCGUUAUGGGGAAGACAAACGAGAGAGGCCGUUUUCCCACAUCUUCAUCAACAGAUGAUGCCUCAGAACGGAGGGGGGAGAGUUCUUGGCGGUGGGUUCGAGAGAAAGGAGAGAAGCGAGCGGCCGCUUGGCUUGCCGCAGGCUGCAUGGCCGCCUCUGCAGACGAAUCAUCAAAGCCAACUAAGUCAGCCGCUGCAGGGAGGCCGUUCCGCCGUGGGGGCGGUGUUUCACGGCGGAUCUGCGGUGAAGAAGCAGUGCGCGGGCACCGGCGUGUUUCUGCCUCGUCGUUACGCUAGCCUUUCUUCCGCGACUCGCAAGAAGCCAGGUAGUUCAACAGCCACAGCCCCGCCGGUUCCAUCUAGAGUGGUCCCUGCCAAUGGCUUCUUUGCCCAGUCCACUGCUACUCCGACACACAUUAACGCUUCUUCCUACUUGCCAGAGGAGAUUGAGGCUGUAAUGGCAAGAAGGACCGCGCUGCUGGUGCAGCAAAGGCGGAGUACGAGGCCAGAGGGGGCAAUGUAUCGUCAUCAUCAUGAACUGUGCCUGCCGCAGGAGUGGACAUAUUGAAACCCAAUUUGGCAAUUUCUCUGGUUUUUGUUGGAGAAAAAUUGUUAAGGAAAAGCAGCAAGUAUAGGAAAGGGUUAGAAGAAGAUACUGGAACUCGGUUCGUUUAGGGAAGAAAGACAAUCCACAUAUAUAUAAUAUUAUAUAUAUAUAAGGAAGGAAGGAGUGUAGUUAGGGAAGGGUAAGGAAAGGUAAAAUAAGAGGAGGAUCCAAGAUGGAGACGAUGGCUUUUGUGGGUUUUGUAAUAAAUAAGAAAUGGGUAGGGAGGGAGGUAGUAGAUUUUUGGUUUUGUUUCUUGUUUUUAGGUUUUAUUAUUGCUAGGAGAUAUAUUAUUGAGCCUUGUCCUCACCUCUGGUUGGCUUUCGCUUGCUCUUUGUUUGGGCCCUGUGGCUGUAGUUUCCAGUUGAAGACAAAUGCACAAUCCUAUCGCUGUAACAUAUUAUAUCAUCCAUCCAUUUGCCUAGUACGAGAGUCUUAAUAAUAAGUCUUAUGUUUCUUUCGAA